AUUUCUUCCGUUCUGAUGUUACUGACCACAGCGGGACGCGAGCUGGAUGGCUACGUCGGAUUCGCUAACCUUCCCAAUCAAGUCUUUCGCAAGUCAGUCAAACGGGGCUUCGACUUCACACUGAUGGUCGUUGGUCGGUCCGGGUUAGGAAAGUCAACACUCGUCAAUUCCUUGUUUCUGACUGAUCUCUACUGCGAUUCCGUGUAUCCCGAUGCGCUGGAGCGAAUACCGAAGACGACCGAGAUUCAGUCGUCGACUGUGGAGAUCAAGGAGGGAGGCGUACGGUUGCGGCUGACUGUUGUUGACACGCCGGGAUUCGGUGAUUUAGUGAAUAACAACGAAUGCUGGAAACCUAUCAUCGGACACGUCGAUUCGCAGUUUGAAGAUUAUUUGAAUGCAGAGUCUAGGGUGAACAGAGGAGUUCUAGGUGAUUCCCGUGUACACUGUUGUCUUUACUUUAUUCCUCCCUCAGGACAUGGUUUGAAGCCUCUUGAUGUUGAGUUUAUGAAGCAGCUACAUCAGAAGGUGAACAUCAUUCCAGUGAUAGCAAAAGCAGAUACUUUUACUCCAGAAGAAUGUGCAACAUUUAAGAGAACAGUUAUGAGAGACAUACAAGACAACAAAAUCAAGAUCUACGACUUUCCUGAUUUAGAAGGAGAUGAUGAUGAGAUAGCGGCCAACAAGCUGCUAAAAGAGAGUAUCCCAUUUGCUGUGGUUGGCAGUCUGACUUCAAUCACUGAUGACAAAGGGAAGAGAGUUAGAGGAAGAAGAUAUCCAUGGGGAGUUGCAGAAGUUGAAAAUCUGGAUCACUGUGACUUCACCACUCUUAGAAAUAUGUUGAUCCGGACACACAUGCAAGACCUCAAGGAUGUUACUAAUGAUACACAUUACGAAAGCUACAGGGCGCAGAGGCUUGCCAACGUAAUCAGUCCAGCCGAAAGACACACUCCUCUCCCUGCUAGGAAUCCGAUGGCUCAAAUAGAGUUUGAGCGACAAGAGCAUGAAGCCAAAAUGCGGAAAAUGGAAGAAGAAAUGCAGCAAGUAUUUACACAGAAGGUCAUGGAAAAGGAACACAAAUUGAGGGAAUCAGAAGCAGACCUACAACGUCGCCACGAACAGAUGAUGACUCAACUAGAAAAGCAACAACACGAUCUUGACGAAAAGCGGCGGCAAUUUGAACAAGAUAAAGGUGAAUUUCAAGCUCAGCAGAGGAAGUAUCAGCAGGAACAGGAGGCCAUGCAGGCACAGAAAGCAGUUCACGGGAAGAAUGACAAGGCAAAGACACACAAGAGAGGCAUAUUUGCCUAGCCGGGGCGACAGUACAUUGCUGGACACAGCGGAUUCUUUUGUCUUGGGCCUGUUUAAUAUAUGGGAAUUUGCUUAGUUGGCAAGCUACUAUAGUCCACUCUGUUGCCUCCACAUUUUGAGUAAUUCGUACAUGGGGAUGUUAUUGGACAACUUUAGUUAUGUGGAGACGACGCUGUGAGCAGUGUACACCUAUUUUUGGGCUGGGCACGGUGAGAUGAUAAGAAAUUUGCAGUUGUGA